AUUUAAAAAUUUUUAUUAAUGUAAACCAUCACAUUAACAUAAAAUAUGUAGGUAUAUACUUUGGGGGAAUAUAAGUUAUCAAAUGUCCCGGUGCUGUAAUAUCUAUCUAGGCGGAGCUAAGCUCAGCUAGAUUGCCAUCUUCAAUGGCUUCUCUACUCAACUCCUUUCAGUCAAUGACAUUAUCCAAUAUUAAAUACAACCCAGUUCGAACCCCGCACCUUUCUUGCCAAAUCUCUCCGUCUCCCCCAAGGAGGAGGCUUUUGGUAAGAGCAAUCGAGACCGACAGUCAAGAAGUUGAAGCUAAGGUCCCGGAUAAGGCACCAUCGGCCAGUGGCUCUGGCAUAAAUCAAAUUCUGGGCAUCAAAGGUGCCAAGCAGGAAAAG